AUGUUUCUGAGAAACAGCUUGUUGAGAUCGCCAAUCGCUAGAACAAUGACCACGCUGACUCCCGUCGCUACCAAAAACGCUCCUCCAGCGGCUGCAGCCUACUCUCAGGCCAUGAAGGCCAACAACUUGGUGUUUGUCUCCGGGCAGGUCCCAUACACGCCAGAGAACAAGCCUGUCGAGGGCUCGAUCACUGACAAGGCCGAACAGGUGUUCAAGAACGUCAAAAGCAUCUUGGACGCAAGCAACUCGUCCCUCGAGAGAGUGAUCAAGGUCAACGUCUUUUUGGCCGACAUGAAGUACUUUGCCGAGUUCAACAAGGUUUACGCCAAGCACUUCAACGAGCACAAGCCAGCUAGGUCUUGUGUGGCUGUUGCAGCACUUCCAUUGAAUUCUGAUCUGGAGAUGGAGGUGAUUGCAACCGAGAACGAGUAG